GAGAGAGAGAGAGAGAGAGAGAGAGAGAGAGAAUGUACUCACCGCAGCUGCCGCUUGCUCGGACGCGCGUCUUGUCUCCCUCUGAAUCGGAGAUAUGCCACGCCGAUCCCCAUCCCGUUGGCGUCGGGGGCUUGGAAGCUUCUCUGCUCAGCCUGAUCCACCAUCACCACCACCGAUCCGUCCUCCUCCGAGACCGCACCGAGAAAGCCCGGAGAGAUGCAAUUAGGAGCGCAGGGGCGGUGUCGGAUCUGCUGGUGGAGGCGGUGAACGGAGGGGUGCAGGAGGCCUUCCUCAACCAAAAGCGCAUCGAGCUCGAGAUUCGAGCUUCGGCUGCCACCGUCUCCCGCUUCGUGAAGCAGACCGAUCACUGGCUGGCCUCCACCCAUGCUCUCAACUCCGCCAUCAAGGAAAUUGGGGACUUCGAGAACUGGAUGAAGAUAAUGGAUUUCGAGUGCAAGAGCAUCAAUGCAGCCAUCCGCAAUAUUCAUCAACCUUGAUUUUCACCACUCUGGAAAUGGAAUCCCACUCUCUCUCCCGGAGUCGGAAGCUACAGGAAGGAUCAUGGCCUGUCUUAAAUCCAUCCACACAUUUAUGUUAAAAUCGCUUGAAACCUUCGA